AUGUCCGACUUCAGCCUAACCGACAAGGUAGCGCUAGUCACCGGAGCCGGUCGAGGCCUAGGCCUAACCCUAGCAGAGGCUCUGUUAGAAGCGGGGGCCAAAGUGUACGCUUUGGACUACCUAAAGGAGCCGACACUCGAGUUCGUAGACAUCCAGCAGCGCGCCAAGAUAUUGGGCACCGAGCUGCAGUAUCGCUGUGUCGACGUGCGUGACGCAGAACGUCUCAAUGCCGUCAUCGAAGAUAUCGCCAAUCACGAGGGUCGCUUAGAUGGCCUCCUUGCUGCUGCUGCCAUCCAGCAGGAGACGUCCGCUCUAGCGUACUCUGCUAGCGACAGUAACGCCUUGCUCGAAGUUAAUGUGACUGGCGUGUUCAUGACGGCGCAGGCUGUCGCGAAACAGAUGAUUCGGUUCGGGAAUGGGGGUAGUAUCGCAUUGGUUGCUAGUAUGAGCGGUACUGUCGUUAAUAGGGGCUUGAUCUGCCCAGUCUACAACGCAAGCAAAGCCGCUGUCAUCCAACUAGCCCGCAACCUCGCUGCGGAAUGGGGCCAGUAUAACAUUCGUGUCAACACCCUCUCGCCCGGCUACACUCUUACUCCUAUGUUGGAGAUGCUCUUCGUCGAGUACCCAGAGCGCCGCGAGCAGUUUGCUAAAGAGAAUAUGUUAGGCCGUCUAUCCCAUCCAAAGGAGUACCGCGGUGCGACUGUCUUCCUGCUUUCAAAUGCUAGUAGUUUCAUGACUGGUAGUGAUCUCCGCAUAGAUGGUGGUCACGCUGCGUGGUGA